AUGUCAACUGAAUAUGUGCAGCCGUCGCAUGAGAUCUCGGAAGACAGAUUGGACGGGCGAGAUGCUCGCUGUAACCACUUAGAUGAUCUUUCUGAACAGUUACUUAAAAACUGCGAACUCAAAAAGAUACCAAAAAAGGGGAAAACUCUUCAAGUCUCUCAGAAAACUGAGCUGGAACAAAAAAAACCAAAGAGGAAAGAUACACCGGCAAUACAUACCCCACCACCAAUCGCAGGCAUCCUUUCAGACCACUUAAUUAGGAGGUGUGACUUCUCUGAGAGACUGCCAAAGAGUAACAGCAGUCUAGCAUUGCAAAAAAUGGAACAAGAACAGAAAAAGCCCAGAAGAAAAAAUACACCCGCAAUAAAUACACCGCCUGUGCUUGCAGGUAUUAAACUACUUGAAGAGGAGAAGCAGACCGUGAUCAUUGAAGAUGAAGAAAAGGAGGCAGAUUCUGCACCUUUUUAG